AUGGCAUACGACGCUUUCGAUGAUCAGUACAUAGGCUGCACAGAAAAGAUGGAAAAAAUAAUCAAGUCCGAACUACUGCCGCAAGAGAAGUCAAACCUCAAGAGUUUUAACGUAAGCUGGGAAGCUGCGGAAAAAAAAUGGAAUGCGAGGAAGGAAAACAUCUCUCUGCCGGUAGGGUUUAAGAAGGAGCAUGGAAUAGCAAUCCUGAUCUAUACCAGCGGUGGUAAGAAGCCUUUGUACCAGGUUUUCAACAGAGCGGUGAGAAAAGCUGGUCAAUCCCAAGUCUAUUAUCUCGAACAUUUCCCUUUCAAAGCCCUUCAUUUCUAUUUGACCCGAGCGGUGCAGCUCCUGAGAGACUGUGCUGAGAUGUAUGAGACGAAGGUGUACCGGGGCGUCGGGUCUCUCUGCUACGAACCUGAUAAGAGAGGUGGCGACGUCAGGUUUGGGACAUUUACCUCUUCAUCUUUCAACAGUCAUGUAGCUCAGAGAUUUGGCUCGAAGACAUUCUUCACCAUCCAGACGUGCUUCGGGGUCCCCAUUGCAGACUUCUCUUCGUUCGAAGAGGAAGAAGUACUGAUUCCAGUCUAUGAGCGUUUCAAGGUGUCUUCCUUCACCCGGGGCAAGAACAGCAACAAGUUUGUCCUUCACAGCACAAACCAGACUUUCAGCAAUUUCAACUGCGCCUACAUAGAAGGUCAGUAG